CAAGCUUGACCGUUGCAAUUGUUCAUAAGCUCCGAAUUGGGCCUUGACGAGAAGGAAAAAAAAGCUCAGUUGAGCUUCACUUUUCUACUCCGAAAGCGAAAGCGAACAAUGGCAUCUUUUGCGACGGCCACCCGUCUAUCGACACGGCUCGCAAGCCGACGGGUUGCCCAGGAUGCCGCAACUCGAGGUUUUCGCACAUCCGCUGCUUCGUUCGCGGCGCAAAACUUCACUAUGCCCGCCCUAUCGCCGACCAUGACUGAAGGAAAUAUCGCAAGCUGGAAGCUCAAAGAGGGAGAUUCGUUUUCCGCCGGCGAUGUUCUGCUCGAGAUUGAAACCGAUAAGGCGACUAUGGACGUUGAGGCGCAAGACGAUGGAAUUUUAUUUAAAAUAAUGCAAGGCGACGGAAGCAAAAAUGUCCAGGUUGGCAGUCGAAUUGGCGUCGUUGCCGAAUCAGGAGACGACCUUAGCACAUUAGAAAUUCCCGCCGACGAGAAGCCCGCACAGAAAGAAGCCAAGAAGGAGGAACCGUCGCCGCAACAGGCCUCUCAGGGAGGUGCACCUGAGAAACAAGCUAGUGGACCCAAGAAGACUGGCCAGAAGGCACCUCCGCAGAAAUACCCUCUCUACCCGUCGGUCGAGCACUUAAUAAAGGAGCACAAGUUAGAUGAGUCGGUUGUCAGCGAGAUAAUGCCCACCGGCCCUGCUGGACGACUGCUCAAGGGCGAUGUGCUCGCCUAUCUCGGUAGCGUGUCUUCUAGCAGGCCAGAAGAGAUCAAGGCGCGCUUUGACCAUAACUCGCACCUCGAUCUCUCCAACAUCAAGAUCGCCGCUCCUAAAGAGGCACCGAAGAAGGCGGAGAAGGCUGCAGCGCCAGAAGCCCCUAUUCCGGAAGACUUGGUCGUAUCAUUACCUAUACUUCUAAAGUCGGUGAUACAAGCACAGAAAAAGGUCGAGGACACAUUCGACACCUUCAUUCCACUGUCCGUUUUCGUUGAGAGGGCCGCGGAAAUAGCCAACGAUAACCUACCAUUGCCGGCAAAUUACAAGCCAACGGCUGACGAGCUCUUCAACGAUGUUUUAGGGUUAAGUAAAGUGGGUAAGAAAGGGUCUCGAGGCCACUACAACCCACAAAUUACUGCCGUGCCAUCGCCGUCCUUCACCGGCGUCGCGCCCAAGCCGAAAUCCAAGGUCGACAUUAUCGAUUUCCUAGCAGGCCCAGCGAAGCCGACGCCAAAAGCGCCGAAGACAAGUUCUCCCCUUAAUGUUAACGGUAGCUUCAGCUCGCUCAGUCUCACCGUGCCGAAGUCCGAGGAAUUAAGAGCCAAGGCAUUUCUACAAAAAGUAAAGGCCGUGCUGGAAGCAAAUCCAGGAAGCCUUGUCUUAUGAGAAAAAGAAAAAUCGAGGGAAUAGAACAUUGUAACUAUAGAGCCUGUAAUGUUGACAUGGAAGCAGUGAUAGACGAUAUUAUUAGCAAUUGUUUAAACAUUGUACAGAUGUGUUCUACUUAUGGAUAGUGCAAUAUAUAUGGACGAAGGAAAAUUUAUCCCCGUUCCGCUGCUUCAGUUCAGCGAAGCUAUCAUUCA